AUGGACCUAAACAACUCAUCCUGGACUAGGACUGACCGUGGGCCUGUUCUCUGUUUUGGGUCGUCCAACAACUCCUGUGAGAGAUUCAUCUACCCGUCAGAGAUUCAAAUAUUGCUUUAUUUGUUCUUCAGUGCCAUAGCGCUUACCACAGUAUGUGGAAACCUGCUGGUCAUCAUCGCCAUCAUUCAUUUCAAGCAGCUGCACACACCAACAAACUACCUCAUCCUGUCUCUGGCCGUGGCCGACCUGCUCAUCGGAGGUUUUGUAAUGCCUCCCAGCAUGCUGCGCUCUGUUGAGACUUGCUGGUACUUGGGAGACAUGUUCUAUCGCUAUUAUGCCGUAUGUCACCCGCUUCAGUACCAGAAUAAAAUCACACCUCCCAUUUCUCUCAUUAUGAUUUCCCUAAGCUGGGGUCUGGCUGCCUUUGUUGGAUUUUCUAUGGUGUUUCUACAACUCAACAUUUUGGGUGGUGAGGAGUUUUAUUUCGAUAAUGUAGCCUGUAAAGGAGCUUGUAUCAUCUUUCAAACCGCAGCAGCCAGCACCAUUUCCUCGUUUCUUGCUUUCGGCCUUCCCACAAUAAUUGCUGUCAGUAUUUAUCUAAAAAUUCUGCUUGUUGCACGAAGACAAUCAAAAUCUAUACAGCAUUCAGCACACUUGGGCAAGAAAAACUGUGUAUCUAUAAACAAAACCGAGGGGAAGGCCACAAAAACGCUGGCUAUCAUCAUGGGGGUUUUUAUUGUCAGCGUCUCACCCUUUUUCUUCUGUAAUCUAGUAGAUCCGUUUGUUGAAUACACAAUACCACCGACCAUAUUUGAUGUAUUUUUGUGGAUUGGAUAUUUGAAUUCUCUGUGUAACCCUUUUGUGUAUGCAUUCUUUUAUAGAUGGUUUAGAAAAGCUCUGAGAAUCAUUCUUUUGGCUAAAAUAUUUCAGGUUAACUCUUCACAAACUAACUUGAUGGAAAGACGUGAUUAG